UUUUUUUUUUUUUUGUUGCUUUCUUUCCAUCUUCAAAAACCUACACAUUCACCCGUCCAUGCACACACAUAUACUUUUAAAUUCACUCCUCUCAUUGUGAACUCUACAUAAUGAAAUAUACUCUGCUUUGAUAUUAGUUACUUUUUUUUAAAAAUGGAUGCCUCUCUACUCGAUUAAGACAAUCUUAUCAUAUUGGCUCUCUGGUGGACAGUCAACCUUUCCAUUGAUGGGUGUAAUUGACGAAAAAAUGUCUCACGCGUUCUUCGUCACCUUGGUUUUCUCUUCCUCAUUGUUUUUUCUUUUCCAACAAAAAGGCUUUUAGGAACUGCCAUGACAAUAACUGACAACUUCCUGAUCUCUUUCUCAACGGUGAUCAUGGCCGGUGCAUCCUGUAUCAGUGGCAUUACUUUGAUACUCCAACAAAAGUAUGGUUCAGUACAAGAUGAAUUGGAGUACAUCAAACGAAAGCAAGACCAACCAUAUCAAGACCAUCGAUUUCCCCGGAUGCUUUGGCAAACUUUCGUUGUUGCAUUAACAACUGGCUAUCAACUUUUAUUGUGUGUACUGUAUCCUUCUACAAUUGAUGGUGACGUCUAUACAAGACAAGCGGUGGAGUAUGCUCUAGAUCUUUGUGUUUGUGUCUAUUUAUUGGCAUUGACGUGGAUGAGUCAACAAUACUAUCGACUUCCAAAUUGGUGGGGUGGCAUUCUCAAUAUUCAUUUAUGUUCUUUAUGGACGAUGAUGCUCUGCUGUACGAUGAUACAAUUUUGUAUUGGUGUGAUCUGGAAAGGCAUAUACGUUGACAUCACAGUGGAUUGGAUCACUGUUUUUCCUUGGAUUUUGAUAUUAGCAUUGGAACUCGACAUGAUCAUUAAUACGGCGACAGUGGAAUACGAUCGACAACACUAUGUAGAUAAAUCUGAUAAUCAACACAACGACAGCGUCUACGUGCUUGGUGUGAAUAGCAGUUCGAUUUUGGGAUCUCUCCUUUUUAGCUAUAUGGUUCCUUUCAUCAAAGUGGCAACUAAAUAUCAUAAACUAAAGCAAAUUCUUCCAGAAGAUGAACUUCCUCGUCUACCAUCUCGGAUCACCAGUGUUGCAAGUUUACGCCGCGCUAAUCAAAGCCGACCUCACAAUUAUUCCUUAUUAUAUCGAUUAUUCCUGGCCAAUCGUGGUGAUGUGAUUCGAUUUUAUUGCAUGGCUCUCUUUUGUGCGGCCAUUUUUUAUAUCCCAGCUUUAUUGAUGCAGCAACUCUUACUGGUGAUUGAAGAAUUGACGACACUGGAUAAAGACAAGCAAUCCGAUCGAUAUGGUCAACUCUACAUUCAAGCUUCUUUAUGGAUCCUUGCACAAGUUAUGAAUACCCUUAUCAUUGAAAUUAUUAAAGCAAGGCUUUGGUUAUAUGGACAUAACAUUCAAGCGAGUGUGAAAGCAAUGCUCAGUUUGGAAGUCUAUAGGAAAACUUUACUUCGACCAAACAGUGUUGCAGCAACAAUAUCACCAGAUUCAACAAUAAAGGAAGAUAGUGCAGUGGAAGAAGAAAAGGAAGAAGAAGAAUCAACUGUAUCUACUACUGGCAACAUUAUCAACUUGAUAGGCACUGAUGUCAAAGAGAUUAGCGAUUUUUCGUUAACAUCAUUUGCGCUGGUGAGUUCUCCAAUUGAGCUGAUGAUUGGAUUAUGGAUUCUUUAUGGACUACUUGGGAAAUCAUCUUUUGCUGGUAUCUUGGUGAUGGUGUUAUCUAUGCCGCUUACCCAUAUCGUGGCCAAAAAUUUUGUCAAGGCUCAAAAUGAUAUCAUGAUGUCUCGUGAUCGACGUGGUAGUGUCACUCAUGAAGUGCUUCGUGGUAUUCGACAAAUCAAAUUUUUUGCCUGGGAAUCUCAAUGGAAAGAGCGUAUCAUGGAAUUACGACAACUUGAAUUGAAACAUCUGUUGACUCUUUAUCUGUGUGAAAUCGCUUCUUCUACAAUAUGGAACGGACUUCCUUUACUUGUGAUAGUUGCUGCUUUUUGGUCUUAUACGGUGUUGGAAGAAAAAGAACUAACUCCUGCUGUAGCCUUUACGUCCAUGUUUAUCUAUUCUGAACUACGAUUUCAAAUGACUUCCAUUCCUGAAGAUAUUGUUCAGUUAUUACAAGCAUCAGUUAGUUUACGAAGAAUUGAAAGAUAUUUGAAACAACCUGACCUUUGCCAAUCUUCUACAAUAUCAACAUCUCAACAUACCACGGAUUGUGAAAAAAUCGGUUUUGCUAAUGCUACAGUGACUUGGAUAUCGACAUCCUCCUCCUCCUCCUCCUCAUCAUCAUCAUCCGUCGAUAAUACAGAAUUGACUCAGGAACCUAUUCUAAUUGACGUUUCAUCACCUGACCCAGUUGAUCAAGCAUCUUCAACAUUCAAGCUUCAAAAUAUCAAUGUGAUAUUCCCUCCCAACGAACUUAGUCUGAUCUGUGGCAGUACUGGUUCUGGCAAGACAUUACUUCUGAUGGCAUUACUUGGUGAAGCGUCUGUCGAAGGUUCAGUUUUCUUUCCUCGUACUGGUUUUGAUGAAUUGACUGAAGUUGAUUUUUCUUUUACAACUCGAGCUAUGGUGACAUCAAAUGAUUUGACAAACAAUAAUCAUUGCGAUCAAUGGAUUUUGGACAACAAAGUAGCAUAUGCAGCACAAACAGCUUGGCUUCAAAACGCAACAAUACGUGAUAAUAUCCUUUUCGGUUUACCUUACAUUGAAGAUCGAUAUAAAUCUACUUUAUGGGCAUGCUCUUUGAUAUCUGACUUGGACGCAUUGGUGGAUGGAGACUUGACAGAAAUUGGUGAACGAGGUAUUAACCUUUCUGGUGGGCAGCGCGCACGUGUGGCUUUAGCUAGAGCUGUCUAUUCUCGGACGAAAAUUGUGUUGAUGGAUGAUGUACUCAGUGCUGUUGAUGCUCAUACAGCAAAACAUCUCCACGACCACUGUUUGACUGGACCAUUGAUGCAGGGUAGAACUAGGAUUUUGGUCACCCAUCAUGUGCAAUUAUGCCUUCGACAUUGUGCCUAUUUAGUACAUUUACAAAAUGGACAAGUAGCUAGUUGUGGUACACCAUCUAUAUUACGUCAAGAGGGAUAUCUGGCUGCUUUAGUGGACGAACAAACCAAUUUGGAUAGUAAAGAAGAAGAAGAUAUUGAUCAGAAGCUUAAUGAUCAACGCGACAUGGUAUCAAAACCCAAUAAUAACAAGCCUCAAGUUUUGGUGGAAAAAGAAUUCCGUGCUGAAGGUCAGAUCAAACGACAGCUAUAUUUAUACUAUUUGAAACUUGUCGGUGGUAUUAUGUUUUGGAUAUUACUUGGUAGUAUGGUAAUUGGCACUCAGUAUUUGACUGUAUUGGCAACUUGGUGGCUCAAACAAUGGUCAAACGCAUAUGACAAGGCAGUAGGAAUGAACAAUUUGUUGGUAGUAAAUAACAAUAAUUAUCAUUCCAGUAAAGACAACAAACUAUCAGCAGCAGAAGUCAAAUAUUAUAUUGGGGUGUAUGCAAUCAUCAGCUUGGUAUGCUUGAUAGUUGGUACUGGACGCUAUGUGAUGAUGUAUCUUGGUGGUCUUCGUGCAAGUCGAAAACUAUAUGCCAGCUUAUUGGACCGAUUAUUACAUGCACCACUACGAUUUUUUGAUACGACACCUGUGGGGCGUAUUUUAAACAGACUCACUAGCGAUUUUGAAACCAUCGAUAGUCGACUCCCACAAGAUACGAUGUUUUUUGCAACUCAAUCGGUAACGUUUACGGCGGUCCUGAUCUCCAUUGUUAUAGUGGCUCCUUGGUUUUUGUUACCUGCAUCUUUGAUUGCGGUGGGUACGAUUAUUUAUAGUAUUCAAUUUAUCAAUGCUUCUCGGGAAUGCAAACGUAUCGAAUCGGUAUCCAGGUCUCCUGUCUUCAGUCAUUUUACCGAAACCAUUGUGGGAAUCACAACCAUCCGUGCUUUUGGUGUUUCCAAAUCAUUCCUUCAAACUAUGUUAAAAAAUAUUGAUGACAACAUUUGUCCUGCAUAUGUCAGCAACAUGAUAAAACAAUGGAUAUCUAUUCGAUACGCUUAUCUUGGUGCUGCUGUUGUAGCCUUCAGUGGAUUCUUGGUUUUGAUUAGUUUGAAUUAUUAUGGGAAUGCUGCUUUGGCUGGAUUUGUUUUUUCUUAUGCCUUGACGUUUGCUGAUGAGUCUUUCUGGGCUGCCUAUAGAUAUCGACAAAUUGAAAUGACAUACAAUUCUGUGGAACGUGUGGUUGAGUUUAUGCAAAUAGAUCAAGAAUCUAAUUUGGCUACCACACAACUAUCACCAGAAUGGCCCAGUAGAGGUGCAUUAGAUAUACAAGAUUUGAAAAUUCGGUAUGCUCCUGGAUUAGACAUGAUUUUGAAAGGGAUCAGUUUCUCGGUGGGUUCUGGUGAGAAAAUUGGCGUGGUGGGCAAGACAGGAUGUGGCAAGAGCACGUUGACAUUAGCCAUCUUUCGAUUCUUGGAAGCUGUUAGCGGCAAGAUCAUGAUUGAUGGUAUUGAUAUUAGUACUGUGAGUCUCAAGGAACUGCGAUCAAGAUUAACCAUCAUUCCUCAAGACCCUGUCCUCCUUUCUGGUACUCUACGAAGCAAUAUGGAUGUAUUUGGUGAAUUUGAUGAUGAUGCUAUUAUGGAUGCUCUCUAUCGAGUACGACUUGUGCAAACAUCCACUACAACUACUUCAUCAUCAUCAUCUUCAUUAGUGGAUGGAAAUACUGAACGCAAUCGAAAUAUAUUUGAAGAUCUCAACUCUCCAGUGACUGAAGGUGGGCAUAACCUUUCUCAAGGACAGCGACAACUUUUAUGUUUGGCCCGUGCUCUGUUGAAGCGAAGUAAACUUGUGAUUAUGGAUGAAGCGACAUCCAGUGUGGAUUUUGAAACAGACAGAGCUAUUCAACGUACCAUGACAACUGAAUUUGCUUCUAGUACGAUCCUUUGUGUGGCUCAUCGUUUACAUACUGUGAUUGAAUAUGAUCGGAUCUUAGUUAUGGAUGAUGGUCAAGUCCAAGAAUUCGAUAGUCCAUUGGCAUUGAUUUCCAACCCUGAAUCUGUGUUUUACAAGUUAUGUGUCAAGUCGGGUGAAUAUGAACAACUCUUAACUGCAGCACAACAAUUCCAUCAAAAAAAAAUCAAAUUAGUUUAGGAUUUACAAAUAAAAUAGAAAUUGAUUUGCUUUAGUUUGACCUUGUGAUAUUAUCAUUAACAAUAAAAAGUUGGCAUCUGAUGUUGUUGGAUGAAUACAAUAGCCCUUGUUUAA